UCAAGACGCGCCGGCGCACCGGGCCGUAGUCUUGUGACCCGCGAGCGUUAGACACAAACAUGUUCUGCAAAGCUGCCUUAUGCUUGGCCGUGGUGGUGACCUGCCAUAUGUGCAUAGCUAUUCCGUUACCAGAAGCGGACCCCGGGCACCAUAAAACCCACAUAAAAGUACACAUACCCCAUGAAAUACAUACAGUUCACCAUCAUCAUGUGGAAAAAAUCCCCGUCAUAAAAGAAAUACCAAUCAUCCAUACAGUGCCAAUCCUUAAAGAAGUACCAGUUGUGAAGCCUAUACCCAUUGUCAAAACGGUACCCUAUCCUGUAGUCAAGACCAUACCUAUAGAAAAACCUGUGUAUGUACCAGUCCAUUUUGGUCACGAUUGGAUCUAAAGACCACGUUUCAUCUAAGUAGAACCAAUAGACUAUCGGAAAUAUCACGAAUAAACAAACGACAAUCAGUGAAUUUCUAAAAUAAAAGUGUGCACUUGAAAACUAAAAGAGAUUUAGUUUAUUAAGCAUAACACAGACGAAUGGCAUGGAUAUUUGAAACUGUACUGCGCAGGAACAUACUAUAUGCAAUAGUGACUUAAGAAUUAUGGCAUUGAAGUGAAUAUUUCUUGAAUCGAUUGUCUGGGGUUUUGCUUCUUAUGUUUGGUUUGUAUUUAUAGUGUGCGAUCCCCUGAGAUAAAGCAUAUCUUCCAUAAUGUUUAUAGAAAAACUUGACUGGAGGCCAAUGUAAGGCCGACAAAAAAAAGGCAGGUCAAAGAACGACCUCACGUACCUAGCUUCGAGCAUGUGUUGAUUGACUAAAAA